AUGUCUCGUCGAGAAUACCGUGACGAGUCAAACCACAUAGGACGGCCUAGGCGUCCCGACAAUUACGGACCAAGAUUUGAAGCUAGGUCACCGUACCAGAGGACGCGAUCCUCAUCACCACGGAGAAGCAGCGGACAAGGUCAUGGAGACCUACACGCGGAUGACGACUAUGAACGUCGCCAUCGCCGUCGAGGACGCUACAGCGAUAGUGAGUCUUCGGGGGACGAGAGAAGACGUGCACUUGAAUACGAGCGUCGGCAAGAGCAACGCCGGCGUGAAUACGUCGAACUUGAACGACUCCAAAGCGAGCGAGCCGAAUUCGAGCGACGUCAUGGAAAUGCACAACAAUCUGGCAGUCACCGUCAGUACGGCCACGAGAGAUCAAACGAAUCGGAGGUAGAGCAACGAAGUACCCCCAAUUCAUUUGGCGAUAGCCGUGGUCGUGGACGGCGGCGUAAUCACCAUGGAAGAGGUGGUCGCGACACUCCCCGCGGACGAGGACGUGGCCAAGGAAGUGGCCGUGGACGCGGCCGUGGACAAGGAGGUGGACGCCAACACCAAUCUCCCCACGAGAAUGAACCGGAAAACAGCCAACCUGCAGAUCCUCUAGUUGAACGACUGCGAAGAAGUCAUGCAAGACUUGUGGCGAAGUCUGGACUCAGUGAGGAGAGGAAAAAGGAACUUGAAGAAGAGCUAGCUCAGGAUCUAGCCGACUUCAUUGCGACCAGAUCAAAUUCAGGUUCUACGGUGGGCAACCAAACAACUGGAGAGGUGUCACAGCCCGCCACCAAACUUGCGGCACAGGAGACGCAGAAUGCCUCCGUGCAAGAAGUAAAUCAGGCAGAUAAGGAAGACCACCGAAUGUCAAAUACCACUGAAGUGGCAGAGCAGUCUUUGGCUUCGAAUCCUGAAGCUUCUAUGCAACCUACCCCAGAUCAAACAGCUCAAGAAGUGGAAGCUCUACGGGGUCAACUUGCUCGAGUCGAACAUCUGGUAGUGCAAUGCCAGGCGCAAAAUAUGUCCACUGAGCAGAAAUUUGGCAUUUUGCCUGCUGUAUUCCAAGCAAUCGAGGAUAUACGGCUUGCUAAUGAAGCCAACAGGGUCGAUGCUCAAUUCUUGAAUAACAGAAUGAGCACUGGCUUCGAAGUCACCGCCCAGAUAUUGGCAGAACACAAUCAUCAGGCUCGACUUACCAAUCAAAAUGUACUGUACAUGGGCGAACAAAUCCAACAGGUCAGAGACGAUGUGAUGGAUGUUGACUACACUCAUGAACAGCGGUACAAUCUAAUGAUGGAAGGAUGGAGGAAAUACUUCCUUUACCAUCAACAGGUCAUCGAAUCAGGACCUCUUGAACUCGAAUACGACUUGGCUACGCUGGAAAUCCAGGACCGGCCUCUACGUCAGUUGAUGGCUCCAGAGAGAGCUGACACCGAAGUCGCAAGGGUACCAGUCACAGAUUCAAAUCCCACUGCCAUGACGAAUGAUAAAGGUCGGCAGUGUGACGAUCCCACGGUCGAGGCAAAGGCGCAACAAGAAACUUGGUUGCAAGAGAUCCGGAACUACUGGCACAAUUACUCGGCGAAUCUCCAAAAUGUCGGGGAAGUUGUGAAGCAAGUACUUGAGACUCACUACCAAGGAGAUGAGUUUCAGACAGAGGAAUUCCAGGGGCAUUGCACAGCCUUUGCAACUUAUCUGAAAGGAAUUCGAGAUGACAUCGACCCCUUUUGGAACGAAUGCAUGCUACUGCAUAUUUCAGCUUGGGGAUCAUACGGAGACAUUCCCCAAGAGGCAACUGAACAGCAGAAGCAAGAUGAAUACGGAAUUGCCAUGAACAAGAGCAAUGCAGCCAAAAGCCAGCUGGAGCAACGCAUGAAAGAAGUUGCGAAGGCAAUCAGAAACGAUGGCAUUUUCAUGAUUGCCAAGUUUGAUGGAGUUGAUGAGAGAACAACUCCUGAGGUAUUUUUGGCGAGAUGGCGCCCUGUCUACCACAAAGUACUCCAGCUUUUGGGUUUACAGGACAGCAACGAGCCUACGUUUGAACCCGAAGACGUCCUCCUCUACUGUGGAGAAAAGAACCACACUGUGAUGGACCAAUCUUGA